CUGUAGAUCUAACUAAAAUUGCUGAAAUAAAGGCAUUUAUUAAUCGUUGUAGAAAAUUAAUAAAAUUUUUUACUAAAUCAUCUCAAAAGUUGGCAUUAUUGCGACAAGGGUUAACUAAUAUGAAAAUCAAGUCUGAAGGUCUAGAAACAUGGUGCCCAACUCGUUGGGGGUCUUUAUAUAAUACUACAAAUUCUAUAUUAGUUGAACGUCCGGUAUUUGACUGGAUGUUGCUCAAACAUCCCGGGUCAUUUACAGAUAUAGAAAUUUUUAAUUUAUUACAUGAUGAUAGCUUUUUUAUUACCUGCCGACAAGUUCGUUCAAUCUGGAAACCAAUAAAAAUUUGUAUAAAUGCCUUAGAGAGUGGCUCUGCAUCUUUAGCAGACUGUUUUAUAUAUAUGAUUAAGUUGGCAAUUGCCAUCUAUCAUAUUCCCGAUUCAAUUUCAUUUAAACCU